GCCAGGCCAGAGCCGGGACAGCCCCUCAACCUGCAGGAGAGAAAGCGGGGUCGACACAGUGGAGCGGGGCGGGGCUGGCAGGAGUAGGCGGGGUCCCUGUAUCUAGGGGCGGGGCCGGCUCAGAGGACCCGCCGGCCACCUGGUUCUGUCCUAGCUGGAGGCGGCCUGAGACGCUGGCUUCCCUCUGCUCCCGUAGCUCUGGCGGAGUCUGCGCGAUGGAAGACCUGGAAAGGCCGGAAGCGGCCAGGCCGGAGCAGGAGGAGAGGAUACCUUCAGAUACCAACGAAAAUGAAGCAAAGUCAAACGAAGAGCCACUCCUAAGAAAGAGUUCUCGCCGAUUUGUCAUCUUUCCAAUCCAGUACCCAGACAUUUGGAAAAUGUAUAAAAAGGCACAGGCAUCCUUCUGGACAGCAGAAGAGGUUGAUUUAUCAAAGGAUCUCCCACACUGGAACAAACUUAAAUCAGAAGAGAAGUAUUUUAUCUCUCACAUCUUAGCCUUUUUUGCAGCCAGUGAUGGAAUUGUGAAUGAAAAUUUGGUGGAGCGCUUUAGUCAGGAGGUGCAGGUUCCAGAGGCUCGCUGUUUCUAUGGCUUUCAAAUUCUCAUCGAGAAUGUUCACUCAGAGAUGUACAGUUUGCUAAUAGACACUUACAUCAGAGAUCCCAAGAAAAGGGAAUUUUUGUUUAAUGCAAUUGAAACAAUGCCGUAUGUUAAGAAAAAAGCAGAUUGGGCCUUGCGAUGGAUAGCAGACAGAAAAUCUACUUUUGGGGAAAGGGUGGUGGCCUUUGCUGCUGUAGAAGGAAUUUUCUUCUCAGGAUCUUUUGCUGCUAUAUUCUGGCUAAAGAAAAGAGGACUUAUGCCUGGACUCACUUUUUCCAAUGAACUCAUCAGCAGAGAUGAAGGGCUUCACUGUGACUUUGCUUGCUUGAUGUUUCAAUACUUAGUAAAUAAGCCUUCAGAAGAAAGGGUUCGGGAGAUCAUUAUUAAUGCUGUUGAAAUUGAGCAGGAGUUUUUAACAGAAGCCUUGCCAGUUGGCCUCAUCGGAAUGAACUGUGUUUUGAUGAAACAGUAUAUUGAAUUUGUAGCUGACAGAUUGCUUACAGAACUUGGAUUCUCAAAGAGAUAAUGUACCUGAAUUUCCACGUGUGCUUUUCAUAUGACUUAAGAAAUGGAGGCUGCAGCCAGACUACCUGGGCUUGAAUCCUGAUUCCACUACUUUCUAGCAAUGUGAGCUUAGGCAAGUUGCUUAACCACUGUCUCAGUUUCCUCAUCUGUAAAAUGAAGAUAAUAAUAACAAUCCUUAUUACAAAUUAUUGUUGAUGAGUUGGUAUACUCAAAGCACUUAAAAUAGUGUCAGACAUAUAGUGAAUGAACACUAAAUGGUCACGUAUUCAUCAUAAGUGGAACAUUCACAGAAAUUUACUAUGUACUAUACCAUGUUAAUUAGAAAUUAUAGGGCUUCCCUGGUGGCGCAGCGGUUAAGAAUCCGCCUGCCAAUGCAGGAGACAUAGGUUCAAUCUGUGGGCUGGGAAGAUCCCACAUGCUGUGCAGCAACUAAGCCUGUUCACCACAACUACUGAGCCCAUGUGCCACAACUACUAAAGCCCAUGCUCUGCAACAAGAGAAGCCACCGCAGUGAGAAACGUGCGCACCAUAAUGAAGAGUAGCCCCCUCUCACCACAGCUAGAGAAAGCCCUGUGCAACAACAAAGACCCAAUGUAGCCAAAAAGAAAAUAAAUAAAUAAUAAAAUCUUGAAAAAAAAAUUAUAAGUUUUGAUUUCUAAGCAUGGAAGUGGAAAUUUAAAUUAAUGAGAAGGCUUAUGAAAUCCAUGAUGCUGGGGUAAUCAUUACCUUUCUUGAUAAUAUAUUUAUUUUCAGGUAACUGUAAAAAUACUAUAAUGAAAGUCAGAUGGGGCAAAGUUUUUUUGCAUUUAUAAACUGUAAAAUAUCACUAUUUAAAUAUUUUUAGUUGCAAGAUCCCCUCUUUUUACUGAUCAUUAAUGAGAGAAAUAAAGAUUAUAAAUAUAUUAAUAAGAUCUCUGAAAUAUAUAAACUAUGUAUGAAAAGAAAUUAGUUUUGUUCCUACGUUAUGCAAUAUAUUUGUUAAAGGAAAUUUGCUCACUUAAGCCUUAAAGUGAACCCACUAUCCUUUAACCUACCACCAUAUCCUCACACUCACACAUCCACAUUCUUCUGCUUAUUGGAAAACUACAGACCCCUAGGUCUAGUUUUUCCUUUGGGAACUUGCUAAUUAUAGGUAUAUAAAACAUGCCUCCUAAGAAGAAAAUAUAGACAUAGUAUAAAAUAUCAUUUCUCCACAGGCCUUCAAAAUUCCAAAAAGCAGAAAUUAUACUGACCUCCUAGGUUUUAAUGCAAUAAAAUUAGAAAGUAACAAUAAAAGAUUACCAAAAAGUUCCAUCUACUUAGAAAUUGAAACUAUAUCUUUAAAAUGAGAUUAAAAAUGAAAAUAUAAACUAAUAGAAAAUAUAAACUAAAUGACAUUAAGAUUACUGUAUAUCACAACUUGUAGAAUGCAGCCAAAUAGAUCUUCAGAGGAAAAUUUGUAGUCUUGAAUGUGUAUAUUAAGAAAGCAAGGGGACUUCCUAGGUGGCGCAGUGGUAAAGAAUCCACCUGCCAAUGCAGAGGACACGGGGUCAAGCCCUGCCCUGGGAAGAUUCCACAUGCCACGGAGCAACUAAGCCUAUGCGCCACAACUAUUGAGCCUGUGCUCUAGAGCCUGUGAGCCACACUAUUGAGCCCAUGUGCCACAACUGUUGAAGCCCAUGCGCCUAGGGCCUAUGCUCCACAACAAAAGAAGCCACUACAAUGAGGAGCCUGCACACCACAAUGAAGAGUAGCCCUGGCUCGCAGCAACUAGAGAAAGCCUGCACACAGCAACGAAGACCCAACACAGCCAAUAAAUAAAUAAAUAAAUAAAUAAAUAAAUUUAUUAAAAAAAAGAAAGAAAGAAAGCAAGGGAUUUCCCUGGUAGCACAGUGGUAAGAAUCCUCCUGCCAAUGCAGGGGACAUGGGUUUGAGCCCAGGGCUGGGAAGAUCCCACAUGCCGCUGGGCAACUAAGCCCAUGCACCACAACUACUGAGCCCACGUGCUACAACUACUGAACCCACAUGCUGCAACUACUGAAGCCAUGUGCCUAGAGUCCAUGCUCCGCAACAAGAGAAACCACCGAAAUGAGAAGCCCAAGCACUGCAAUGAAGAGUAGCCCCAGCUCGCCCCAACUAGAGAAAGCCUGCUCGCAGCAAUGAAGACUCAACACAGCCAAAAAUAUAAUAAAUAAAAUAAAGUUCUCUUAAAAAAAAAUGACAAUUUAAAAUACAUGAACUAAACUUUGAACUCAAGGAGCUACAAAAGGAAUUAUUCUUAUAAUGAUAGUAUUUGAUAUAAUAAGAGAUUAUUUAAAUUAGCAAAUGGUUGUCAUUUAUGCAGAAUUCUAAAUAGGAGCUACACUAAUGUGGUUUUCAACUUCUCUUUUAGUUUUCGAUUAUCAAUAAAUAUAUGAGUACUUCUAUGUGUCAGAACCAAGCUAGUUAAUUUAGGUUGGUCUUAGUUACUUUGUCCAUGCCAUGAAAUGCUUUGGAUUAGGUUUUUUGGAAGAUACCCGGUUUUAAAAUCCAGUGAAUCUGUGAUUAUCGUCCAGUGCUCCUUCUACUGUAUCCUGCUGUGAGUAAUAACUCACAUUUUCACUGCCUCUUAACAGUAUUUCUGACAGGCAAUUUCACGGAAUUCCACAACUUAACCACACCCAGCAUAUGAACUUAUUUUGGAAAAAAAAUACAUAUAGCUUUACUAAGAUAUAAAUCACAGAACAUGCAGUUCAUCUAUUAAUAAAUGUACAAUUCAAUGGUUUUUAGCAUAUUUGCAGGGUUUUGCAACUAUCACAACAAUCUGAGAACAUUUUUAUCACCCCACAAAGAAACUCUAUCCGAUAGCAAUCAGUCACUUCCCUUUCUUUCCUCAAUCCCCACCAUAGCCCUAGGCAUUACUAAUCUAAUUUUUGUCUCUUUAGAUCUGGCUGUUCUAUAAAUCCCAUUUCAUAUAAAUGGAAUCAUACAAUAUAUGGUACAUACCGUAUACUGGUGUAUGGUAUAUAUAAAGCCAAUAUAGUGUUUUCAAGUUUCAUUCAUGUUAGCAUGUAUCACUACUUUAUUCCUUAUUAUGGCCAAAUAAUACUCCAUUGUAUGAUUAUACCAAAUUUUAUUUACCCAGUUAUCAGUUGAUGGAGAUUUGGGUUGUUUGCAUUUUUGGGCUACUAUGAAUAAUGCUGCUAUGAACAUUCAUGUAUAAGUUUUUGUGUGAACAUAUGUUUUCAUUUAUCUUGGGUAUAUAACUAGAAGUGAAAUUGCUGGGUCAUAUAGUAACUCUAUUUUUAAUCAUUAGAGGAACUACCAGACUGUUUUCCAAAGCCACCGCAUCAUUUUACAUUAACACCAGCAGUAUAUGAGGGUUCCAAUUUCUCCACAUCCUCACUAACACUUACUAUCUUUUUUUCCUUCCAGUUUUAUUGAGAUAUGAGUGACAUACAGCGCUGUAUAAGUUCAAGUUGUACAGCAUAAUGAUUUGACUUACAUACAUGAUGGGAUGAUGACCACAAUAAGUUGUCUUUUUUAUUACAGCCAUCCUAGUAGGUGUGAAAUGGUAUCUCAUUGUGGUCUUGAUUUGCAUUUCCCUAAUGGGUAAUGAUUUUGAGUGUCUUGUCCUGUGCUUAUUGGCCUUCUGUGUAUCUUUUUUAGAGAAACGUUUAUCCAUUCAGAUCCUUUGCCCAUUUUUAAUUGGGUUAUUUGAGUAUAUUCUUAUCUGUGAUAUUCAUAAUUCCUGCUGGAAUAUUCCUAAUUUAAAAAAAUCCUCUUUUAUUGUUCUUCAUGGAUCAUUGAAACGUCUCAGUUUCCAUCAAACUGUGUCUCCAAGCCUGCCUCUUGAAUUCAGAAGCAGUAAAAAAGCUUCUUGUCAACUUAUGUGCCACUUUUUGUUUGGGGUUACUGUGGACAGCAUUUAUUCUGUCUUCACCAAUCAUGGUCCCUUAACAUCAAUUUGGUGAUUAUAUGUUCUCUUAUGAACUAAGAAACAUAUUUAGGUCCAUAGUACAUUGUUGGUAAUUUAAUAUUUUGUAGUAUCAUAUAGAUGUGACUGUCCAGCAGUAAUAACUGUGAAAAGUACCUAUAGUAUCUAUGGUGUUUUAGAUUUCUCAAGCUGUGAAAACAUUUUAGUCAUUUUAGUUUGGCAUUAAAUUUUUCAUUUCCUGAAAUAGUCUUUUUUUUCCUUUCUACUUAGAAUACCAGAGAUGCUCAUAUAGUUUCUAUAAGAGGUUAGUAGGUGAUCUUAGUCAUCUUCAGAUGUAUCCGUCUUGAGUGCCUCCUGGACCCUAGGGAAUAGUGUGAUCUUUAGGUGACUUUGGAGGUAUUAGGAGACGCGGGUUAUCUGUUGCUCUUCUCGUGGGAUAUAAUUUGGCUUCUUCAGAAUGUCUAACAAUAUUUCUUUUCUUUUCAGGUUUUUCAAGCAGAAAAUCCCUUUGAUUUUAUGGAAAACAUUUCUUUAGAGGGGAAAACAAAUUUCUUUGAGAAACGAGUUUCAGAGUAUCAGCGUUUUGCAGUUAUGGCGGAAACUACAGAUAAUGUCUUCACCUUAGAUGCAGAUUUUUAAAAGCCUCCCCAUACAUAUCUAAACUUAUCACUGGUAAAAAGCAGUCUAUUUUUCUCUGCUUAAAAAAAAAAACCAAA